CUUAUAAUCGCUUUCUAUACUCUUAAGUAUACAGUCAUGUACAGUAGUCCGGUACAUUUUAAGACAAACUAUGAGAAACUAUGCACGAUAUGAAUCUGAAAAACAAAUCUGCAAUUCACUGAAUCCGCAAUAGGUGAACCGCGAUACAGCAAGGCAACACUGUACACGCCGGUGACAUUUCGUGUAACGAGACGCACCUUUGAGGCGGCCCUUUUCGAGCGCGACCGAGGAACUUCUUCGCGGUUCUGUUUUGUUGUCCAGUUUUAGUGAGCCGGGCCUUGUCUUCGGGCAGAGACACCAAAUGGGGCUAUGUUCAAAUAUUGCAUAUAUUGUCCCUUUAAUGGCUGUGUGGAGAGAUUUUGAGGCAGCGGCAAAUUAGCACUAUUACACAAGCUGUACGCUAACCACAUUGUAGAUAUUGACAUUGUGUCAGACAGAUGUUUCCGCUUGUUCUCCCCGUGACAGUGUUCCAAAAAACAUCACGACAAUAACAGAAAUGUGCUCGGUGGCUUUGCGAUUAGCCCGGAUAAGACGCAAGGGAGGAUGACCGCAGUUCGUAAUUGUGAAGACCACUUCAAAUAAUCCGACCCCGAUGAGGAGGUUGAAGAACACUUUUAUUAUUUCAGCAUUAUGCAUUAUCUUCACAGUAUGUUCACUAACGUUGUACUUUUGAGUACCAAGUCAAGCUCUAUUCCAGUCUUGUUUCCAUUCUUUUGUUGGAUUUGAGUUGAGUGUUUGAAGCCGCUGGAGCUUCAUUCCCGGUGGAACUUUGAACUUUGCCGUUGAAGGGCAUUUUUCGCGAGACCUCACCAGAUCGUCCUGUGUUGUCUCUGCAACCGAUACGCUGCGAGCGAGGAGGCCGAUAUAGACAGCGAUUGCAGGACACGCUGUGUUUGCACGCCUUCCCGUGAAUUUCCUCCCAGAGGGCCUUGAAGUCAAGGAAGCGAGGGAGCAAAGAUGUCGGGCUCUCUGCAGGAGCUCACAGAACAACAAAGCAUCCUUGCCACAUGAGGAUUUUCAAAUAGUUUUGACGAACCUUGAAUUUACAACAACGACAACAGUUGAAUUGAUAGCAAACCAGCGAGGGAUCAGAGGUAGCUGUAAUCAGAUAUAAAGGACCUGUUUCUCCUCCCACUCCUCCUGCCUCCUGCCUCUUCCUCCUCCUCCUCCUCCUCCUCCUCCUCCUCCUUGUGCACUGCAACAGGUUCAAAUGUGAACCGACUCAUGUCGUAAAAGAGCAAACGCAAGAAGCCGAUUGAAGUUCCCCAUUGAUUCAAAGCGGCACAAUGAUAUUUCGGACAGCGGUGGAGCACGCCAAGAAGCAUCCUGGCCUCAUCCCUCAGUUUUUCUUCAUCUGCUUGGGAAUGGGCGGUGCCAGUCUAUACCUGGCCCGACUGGCCAAAGGACCCCAUGUCACCUGGGAUAAGACCAAUAACCCUGAGCCCUGGAAUAAACUUGACCCCACGUAUCAGUACAAGCUUGUGGCCAUCACCACUGACUAUAAAAAUCUGAAGAAGGACGGACCUGAAUUCUGAAUGUUCCGCACCCUGCCAGUGCGUUCUAAAUAGUCACAUGCAAAUACUGCAAGCGUUUACAAAUAUUCUUUUGAAAGUUCACUGUGUUUUUGCUCUAAGGGAAUCAAUAAAAAUGAACAGAUUAUUCCUCUUCAA